AUGGACAUAUCCUUUCCAACAUUAGAGUCUCUUCAUUUCCCAUCAGCACAGCAGUCCAUCUCACAGACUCUCGCCUCUCUCCGUCGCUCAGCCCUGUCCAUCUCAAAUCGACUCCAGUCAAUUCAGACAGAUGCUGCUUUCGUGCAAGAGGUAGCGGAUCAUUACGAUCUCCCUCUUGUUGCUAAUGAGCGCUGUGGCAGCUGGUACAUUUCCCCUGAUGACAAGUCUGGUAGUGCCUAUUUCAAAAGUACAGAUGGCCAUUCUGGACAAUGGGACUUUAGCUUUCGCAGGUUGAAUUUGCAGCUUCUUCCGCUCGCUAAAGAACAUGGCGGAUGUGUAAUUGUGGACUCAACUCGCCGAGGCAAAUUAAUGCCUGAUGCCUUAUCCAAGACUGUCCCAAUUUGGUGUGCCGUCUUGAACCGCGCUCUGUUUCCGGCGGAAACCGCAUAUCAUGCCGUACAGCUCCCUCCAAACUUCCUUGGUGAUUCCGAAGAAUCACAAAUCGAAUUACGCAUCGACGGUUUUGUAAAUUCUUUAAAGCCAAUUGCGUCAGUAAUUGACAUUCGCAAACAGGAUCUGAAGCUCGAUCUUGGUCACAUUCGUGAACAGCUCGGGAAGCCUAUCAAGGUUGCCUGGGCGAAUAGAUCGUACUUCCAUCCGACCGAUCUGCACAAAGGUGAUAGCUACUGCCUCCUAGUCCUAUGCUCCGCCUCAAGACGUGUACACGGGGCAGAGAUGUCCGAGGGGGGAUACAUCCAAGGGGCCGGUGACGACAGCGAGGGCUGGGCUCAUGGACUGACUCCUCCGGUGUUUUGGGCGAAUCAGGCUGCUUUGAAGCAGACUCCAGAGGAAGAACUCCCAGAUCUGAUUGCCCAGCUUGUGGCUAAGCAUCAACAGCAACGCAGUGGCCAAAAAGCCACUCUCAUUUCGCCCACUCGCUAUCUCUAUAUAAACUCUACUGACCCGAGUUUGAAUGUCGGCGAGUGUGAUCUUAUCAUUGAUUGUAACGGCACCCCUUCUGCCGUGGAAGGGAAUCCUAAGCGUCUCAACUUGGGGUGUGCGUCGGCAAAGCUGGGCAGUCGUGAUCUACGAAAGUUGUUAGAUAAAGUGCGAGAUUUUGUGAAGGCGCAACUCGAGUCCAAUCCCGCUCAGUCACUGCUUGUGACAUGCGAUACGGGGAAGGAUCUUUCGGCUGGUGCGUUGCUGGCGAUCAUUUGCCUCUUUUGCGAUGAUGAUGGAAAUUUUGAUCUGUCUCAAUCAGGGCGAAUAAUUGGCAAACAAUUUAUUCGCCAGCGUCUUGCCUGGAUCGUUUCGUCCAAACACGACGUGAAUCCGUCCCGUUCGACGCUCCAAUCUGUGAAUGCCUUCUUGAUGUCUUGA